AUGGGCUGCAUUUUCUCAAAAAGAAAUACAGAAGAAGAAGAAGUUAAUAAUGUUCAACAUGAGAAGCUUCCAGAAACUGAAACAUCCUCAUCAGUUCAAUUGAUUGCACCAACAACCUCCCAGAAAGAUGACUUUUCACAUAAAUCCGUGGGGGACGGAAGCUCAUCAUCGCAUAAACCAUCUAGCGGAUUGAUUGUUCCCAUAGACGAUAGUGAUGGUAAAACGGUAAUUGUAGAGAGACCCACAAGGUCUCACCGGAGAUGUUCAACAGCAGAUGUUGGAACAGGAGGAGGAUUUCAAUUGUUUCAGCAGCCCCCGAGUAAUGUUAUCUCAAGUAGUCCCGAGUCUGAGCUCAUUGCAGCUGGAUGGCCUUCUUGGUUAACCUCUGUUGCAGGUGAAGCCAUCAAGGGUUGGGUUCCUCGGCCUGCAGAGUCCUUUGAGAAGUUGGACAAAAUUGGACAAGGGACUUAUAGUACGGUGUACAGAGCUCGUGAUCUUGAGACUGGUAAAAUGGUAGCCAUGAAGAAGGUUAGAUUCGUCAAUAUGGAUCCUGAGAGUGUGAGAUUCAUGGCAAGGGAAAUCAACAUCUUGCGCAAACUUGACCAUCCAAACGUUAUGAAGCUCGAGUGUCUUGUGACCUCAAAACUCUCUGGUAGCUUGUACCUUGUGUUUGAGUACAUGGAGCAUGAUCUUUCGGGUCUCGCGCUUAGACCCGGUGUCAAAUUCACAGAACCUCAGAUCAAAUGUUACAUGAAACAGCUGCUUAGCGGUCUUGAACAUUGCCACACCCGUGGAAUCCUCCACCGCGACAUCAAGGGUUCAAAUCUCUUGGUGAACAAUGACGGAGUUCUCAAGAUUGGAGAUUUUGGUCUGGCGAGUUUCUAUCAUCCAGAUCAAGAUGAACCCUUGACCAGCCGUGUAGUAACCUUGUGGUAUAGGGCCCCUGAGCUUCUACUGGGAGCUACAGAGUAUGGAGCCGGCAUAGAUCUCUGGAGUGUUGGUUGCAUUCUUACAGAACUUUUCUUAGGGAAACCAAUCAUGCCGGGAAGAACAGAGGUGGAGCAAAUGCAUAAGAUCUUCAAGUUGUGUGGUUCACCAUCCGAUGAUUACUGGAGAAAGACAAAGCUACCACUUGCGACAAGUUUCAAACCACAACAACCUUACAAACGUGUCCUUCUGGAGACAUUCAAGAGUUUGCCAUCUUCUGCUCUUGCUCUUGUUGACAAGCUUCUAUCCUUAGAACCAGAGAAGCGAGGCUCUUCUUCAUCAACGUUAAACAGCAAGUUCUUCACAACCGGACCACUCCCUUGUGAUGUAUCAAGUUUGCCCAAGUAUCCUCCAAGUAAGGAACUUGAUGCAAAGGUCCGUGAUGAAGAAGCAAGAAGAAAACGGGCCGAAACUGUGAAGGGACGUGAAGCUGAAUCAGUGAGAAGGGGUUCGAGAGACUUUAAUCCUGAGGAAGCCAGUAGAACAGGGACGAGAGGAGAGACGGGAAGAGGCGACAGAGAUAAAGGAUUCUCUCAUACAAAUUCAAUGAUUCACCCAAGCAUAACAGCAACAUGGAGUAAAAACGAGAGCACUAGGCACAAUGUAGUAGAGCUGAAAGCUACCCGAUCUAGCAAUGUGCCAAUGACAGGAAGAUACUUGUCUCCAUCAUUUAAAGAUGAUGCAGCCAUUGAACCCACAACGACGACAUACAGACGCAAGAAGAACAUUAUGCACUGUUCAGGUCCACUGAUGCCUCCAGGUGGAAAUAUUGAGGACAUUCUGAAAGAGCAUGAGAGGCAAAUCCAAGAGGCUGUAAGGAAAUCUCGGCUUGAGAAAUCUGCAACAAAGAAAAACCACAGAACAGGUUCAUAAAUAGAAGACAUGAGUGAAGCUUUGGUAACACCAAAAACCAUCACCUUAACUGGAAGAAGGAAGACUGACAAUGGCUAUCGGGCUCUGCUAUUCGGUUUUGUGCUGCAAUAGUGUGACAGUUCUUCAACAUCUUUUAGCAGGCCGUUGCCACCACAGCUAUGCUUGUGCUACUAAGCUCUGUAGUUAUGUGGUCAUUGUAAAUGGAAACUCAUUGUUUUCUCUCUCACUCACAUUUUGAUGAUUUGCAUUGAUCGUAUAAUGUGAACAAAACUUAGGUUAGUCCAUAAGGAGAAUGGUUAAAUUCACCACUCUUUGUAACCAACCAAACAAAGUGCUAUGUAAGGUUAGUUAAAAAGGUAAUAAAAUUAAAAAGGAUAAAUGCUAAAUUCUAAACACUUAAGGUUUAAACCCUAAACUAAAACAAUAAACUCUAGAUCCUAAACUCUAACAAUCAAUUAUGACUUUAGGGUUAAGGUUUUGAAUUUAGGGUUUAAAAUUUAGAGUUUUGGGUUUAGGGUUUAGGAUUUAAGAUUUAAAAUUUAGGGUUUAUGGUUUAGAGGUAUUGGAUUUAGGGUCUAGAGUUUAAGUAUUUCGGUUUAUAGUUUAGAGUUUCUAAUUUAGGGUUUAAGAUUUAGGGUUUAUGGUUCAUGGCUUAUGAUUUAGAGUUUAGAGUUUAAGAUUUAAAGUUUUGGGUUUAUGGUUGAUGGUUUAUGAUUUAGAGUUUAGGAUUUAGGAUUGAUGGUUAAGAUUUAGGGUGUAUUGUUUUAGUUUUAGGGUUUAGACUUUAAAUUUUUAGAGAUUAGAGUUUUGCAGCCAGUAUUAAUGUUGGUGUUAU